ACCCGAAAAUUUCCGAUUGGUCGUCGUGUUAAAUCACGUGACCCGACCGGCGGGACGCGACACUAGCGCCAAGCGUAUUUGGCGGGCUUUCCCUCUCGGUGGCAUCGACACACGGCGUCUACUCGUGCUGUAGUGUAUAUUGGAGUGAACAGUAGUGAGCGCUGCGUCUCCCCUAUAAUUUUUUUUUAUCCCCAAAUCGUUUUGUGAGCCAACAGUAGGUAGUUGAAAAACGUUACACGACAAAGCUUCAAGAUAAAAUGGCUGGCGGUAAAACUGGUAAAGACUCGGGGAAGGCUAAGUCCAAGGCGGUAUCACGUUCAGCGAGGGCCGGCUUGCAGUUUCCAGUUGGAAGGAUCCACAGGCAUCUGAAGAACAGAACGACCAGUCAUGGAAGAGUCGGUGCCACGGCGGCAGUUUAUAGUGCUGCUAUCUUGGAAUACCUUACGGCUGAGGUACUUGAGUUAGCGGGUAACGCAUCGAAAGACUUGAAAGUGAAACGUAUCACACCGAGACAUUUGCAAUUAGCCAUUCGUGGUGACGAGGAGCUCGACAGUCUCAUCAAAGCAACAAUCGCUGGAGGAGGUGUCAUUCCACAUAUCCACAAAUCACUCAUUGGAAAGAAGGGCUCUCAGAAGCCAGCAUAAUCUGGACUAUAGUUAAAACAAGGGCGAAGCAAGAGGAAUAAUGCGUUCAUGGGUGCAGGACAAUGAUUUAAAAAUGUAAUGGGUAUGAUACGAAAAAAAAUGAGAGAGUAAAAAUAAAAGAAUGUCGCGAGUGAUUGUUGAUGAAAGAACAAAGUGUACCUACGUUUAAAAAAAUGGAGACCUAAGGGGACGACAAAAGAGCAAAUGGGACAGGCGUGAUAUAUAUAGUUAUAUAAAUAUUGAUAUAAUUUAAUUAAUAGGCAAUGCGUGGGGGGAGAGAAGAGGGGAUUAUCUUUUUCAAUUUUGCGCAGCAUUGACAUAAACUGAUAGACGAAAGCAUAAGAAUGGCACACAAGAAAUUUAUUUGUAAUCUGAUUUUGACGAUAUCUGACAUUUUUCUCCUCUUUUUUUCGAAACUUAAAUUGUUCACUCAAUUGGACCAUUAACACACAAUUAAAUCUUCAGCAAUAAAUUAAGAAAUGUCAAAGAAUUUUUUUUCUUCAAUAGUUUCCCAUUAUCUUGGAUUAAGUGUGAGAAUUUAGCUGUAGAAAGUUAAAUGGAAGAUUAUUUUUUCAAUCGAAAUUUAUGGUAUUUUCAGUCAAUAGCACGUAUUCCUAUGAGGUUAGUUGAGAUUUUUUGAUCCCUGAGUUUUUUUUUCUUGUUUCACCAAAGCUAGGGUGAAAAGGAAGAAUGAUGGAAGAAACUUGUAAGAAAUAAAUAAAUGAAAUUAAUGAAUAAUGAAGUGAGUGUGAACGAGAGAAUGGGAGAAUAACCGAGGAUUAUUUACGUUUGGAAUCGAUCGUUCUAUUUUCAAAGUCUAUUUUUGUCAUUACCAAUUUAGAGAGAUCGAGUUAACUAUGAAAAUGAAGACGAAAAGGUCAAUUUAAUGGAGAAAACUUGUCAUUUUGAUUCAAUGUUCGUGUUUUUUUUUUGUUUUUCAUUUGUAGGUUUUCACUCGGUCAUUUCUUUUUUCGUCCUCAUUCUCGCUAAUUGAAUAUCAGAGGAACAAUUUUAACGAGCUAAAUCAGGGAAAUUUCCAUGAAAAAUUAAAACAAAAAUUGUAUAGAACAUUGAUUUUAAUAGCUUAAGCAUCAUAUCCGUUAUUCGAUUAAUUUUCUCUUCUGUGUAAUGGUAAGGAGUAUCACUAAGGCAAACUCGAGUGUUCUUGUUUGAUAUUCUGUUAAUAUUCAGUUCAUUGUGGGAUGAAGAUGUUUCUUUUGAGAAUUCUGAGGGUACUGAAGUUUAUAGGAGAAUUAUUUACCAUUUUUUUUGCCUUUUUUACCUAAAUAUAAAGUUUAAUGUUUUUUCAUUCACUAGUAGAUUACGGUCUACUGCCGUGCAUUGACGAACACAAUUACCAGCCAUAUGUAAAAGUUCAUUUUCACAAUAAAGCUAAAUUUUACAAUUAA